UUCCCAGUUUUGGGAAACGAGCUUUACCAUUCAUAUGUCGCAUUAAACUUAGAAAUUCUGUGGCAGUGCAGACGCAGGUCUCGAUAUUUUGUCCCCAAGCGGAUAAAUUUUCAACGGGGGAGGGGGGGCGGUGACAGCAAACCGAAAGACCGGGUGCAUUCGAGUCCAUGAGUAGAGCGCCCCUUACAGCCGAGUUCGGCCGGCACAGUCGGGUCGGGGCACUUGAGCGGGCGAACAAGCGGUCUCAGGACACCCGGUGCAGACAGAAAUCGGCGGUGGGAUCUGAAAACAUGGAACUGAACAGCGAUCUCGUGAACGGCGACAGUUCUCAUUCCGAGCGUACGAGCGGCAGAAGAACCAUCAAUUUCAAUAAUUAUGCCAACAAGAAGAGUGCAGCAGAAAGCAUGCUGGAUGUCGCACUACUAAUGGCAAAUGCAUCUCAGCUCAAAGCAGUGGUAGAUCAAGGAACCAGCUUCAGUUAUUAUGUGCCUCUCAUCAUUCUCAUUGGAAUUUCACUGGUAUUUCAAGUUGUGGUGGGCAUCUUAUUAAUAUUCAUUGUGAAAUAUGAUCUGAAUGACCCCAGGAAGCAAUACAAACUGGACAUCCUGAACAAUGUCACCACAAGCCUGGUGUUUGUAAUCGUUAUUGUGAACAUCUUCAUUACAGCAUUUGGAGUGCAGAGACCUUAUAACCCGGGAAAUCCGCAGUCUGUUUAGCAACUGCAAACUGAUGAUGAAACACCAGGAAUGACAAAAGGGAAUGGACAUCGCAUGCAUCCUGAGCAGUGUCAGACUAAGAAGAAAAGAGCCUUUUCACAAAAUCACUCCAAGCAUGGGAUAAAAUAAAUAUAUCUGCUUGUGAAAAAAUCUUAAUAAUUACUUUAAAAGUACAGAAACUUAUUUAGUUUUAUAAAAUGCAGCUCUCUAUCAUUUCUGUCAGUUAAUUUGAAGAAUAACAUUGGACGUCACUGAAAAAGCUGGCCAGUGUAAGUUAAGCAAAAAUAUUCUUUUUAUAAGUUAUGAUCAGGAGCAUCUGCACCUUAUAAAAUAAAUGUUAUUUUAAGUGAUCAGACUUAAGAAAUUGGUAAUAAGUUAAAUGACAAGAAAAUAUCAAGAGUGAUCCACUCAGCCCCUAAACCUAUACUAUCACUCAAUAAGAUCAAGCCUAAUCUACAAAAGACUUCAAACUCCACCGCCCACCCCCUGCCACAUGUCAAUGUUGGUUCCACAUAGCCCUGAAUUCUCUGAUCCUUAAUUGUGCCUACACAACAUUUUGGUGCAGAGAAUUCCAGAGAUGCGCCAUUCUUUGAGAGGAGAAAUUCCAGUGGACUUCAACUGUAAAUAUCUUCUGCCUUACCUUGUGGCUCUGCCUUCUCAUUUGAGCCUUUCCUUCUAGCUGCAGACUCUGCUUGGCAAGCCCCUUUAGGGUCUUACAUAUUUCAGCAGGCUGAUCCUUCAUUCUUCUGAACUCCAGGUUUGAGGCAGGACAAUCCUCUUGUCACAUAAGUGAAUCUCUGCUGGGCCACCUCCAGUGGUAAUAUAUCACUUCUUAAAUAGGGAAGCAGAACGGUACACAGAAUUCCAGGUGCAGUUCACCAACACACUGAACAUUGGUACUUCUCUCUUAUUAAAUUCCAACCCCCAAUAAUGAAGGACAAGUUUGCCGUUUAAUAACAUGCUGUUAACUUUCUGUACCUCAUGCACAAGCACGCAAUUGCAGUCUCUCUCUACUUAAAUAGUAGUCUGCUUUAUGAUUCCUUUUACUGAUGUGGGUGACUUCACAUUUUCUUACCAUAACCUCCAUUUUUACCACUCACUUAACCAUGUUGCUAAGUGAAAAUAUCCUCAUUGCAAAUAUGCCCUCUUACCUACUUGGGUGUCAUCAGCAACCAUCAACCUUUGAUAGUUUACACUCUGCUUCCUCCUGUAGGCCAUUAAUACAUUGUGCACUCUUUAAUGAUACUGUCAUCCUCUGAUUUAAAUCUCUUGGGCUAAUCAGAAGAGGCUGGGAAGAAAUGCUGACCAUUCGGCAUCUAAUGUCCUCACAUGUCAUUCUUUGGCAUAGACUGUGGUUGUGAACUGGAGAGUGCCACUUUCAUACACUCUUCACUAACAGCUCCAAAUUCCUGCUUUGUUGUAGGCUCUCCUCUAUCCACUCAGUAGGUCCUCACCCCCCCCCCCCCAGACUCCCACUCUCCUCCAACCGGACAUGUGCCCCCAACCCCAUCUUCCAGACUCCCUCAAUUUAGUUUGUAGACGAUAACACCAUAAUGGGCCGUUUUGCAAGUAACAAUGAGUUGGAGUACAGGAAGGAAAUAGAGAGCUAGUAACAUAAUGUCAUGACAAGAACCUUUUCCUCAGAGUAACAAAACGAAGCAGCUGGUCAUUAAUUUCAGUAAGGGGGGGAGUACACAUGUCCCUGUCUGCAUCAGUGGUGCUGAAGUUGAGAUGGUUGAGAGGUUUAAGUUCCUAGGAGUGAACAUCUGUCUUUUGUCUUUGUCUAACUAUGUAGGCACCAUUGUCAAGAAAGCUCACCAAUGCCUCUACUUCCUCAGGAGGCGAAAGAAAUUUGGCAUGUUCCCAUCAACCCUCUUCAAUUUUUAUCAGAACACCAGAGAAAGCAACCAGUCUGGAUGCAUAAUAGUUCAGUAAACCAACUGCUCUGCCAGUGACUGCAGAGUUGUAGAGUUAGAGACACAGCUCAACACAUCACAGUAACUAGCUUCCCCUCCGUCAACUCUAUCUGUACUUCUCACUGCCUCUGUAAAACAGUCAAUAUAAUCAAAGACCCCAUCCACCCUGGAGAUUCUGUCUUCUCUUCCUCCUAUUGGGCAGAAGAUACAAAGCCUGAAAGUACAUACCACCAGGCUCCAAGUCACCUUCUGCCCCACUGUUAUAUGAUUAUUGAAUAGUUCCUCGGUACAGUAAGAUUAACUCUUGAUUUCACAGUCUACCUCACCAGGACUUUUUCCCUUGUUGUGUACCUGCACUGCACUUUCUCUGUAGCUGCUACGCUUUAUUUUGCGUUCUGUUACUGUUUUACUUGUCCUACCACAAUGCACUGUGUAAUGAUCUGUGCAAACAGUCUGCAAGACAAGCUUUUCAUUGUACUUCCAUAUAUGUGACAACGAUAAUAAUAACAAACUAACCCCAGUACGCAUACACUUACUGGAUCUGUGAGGUUCUCCAGUCUCCCUCUCUCUGCUCACCAGGCCUGUGCCUCUCCACUCUCUCAGAUUCUCUUUGUCUGGUUUGAUAUAUCAGUAGAUUGUUUCAAAAGGUAACAGGAUACAAACAUAGAGGAUAGCUUUCACAAUAUCAAACAUUUUAAAUGGGGUGUUUUUACCAGCCAUGUUAUUUUUGUAAUUGAGAUAACCAGUGGAUAUAUUUUCAAUAAUUAUUACUUCUCAUGUCCCCUCUAAAGAACUUGCAAUAUUCUUGACGUAUUUCUGCUUUUCUGUCAUUCUCAGUCAUAUAAGUGGUCUCAAUCACUGAAUUUCCCUUUCUUUUCCUCCUCUUUAAAUUUAGUUUAUACUUUGUUCUGCCUCCUCAGUGGAAGUUCUUUUCAUAUCAAAAUGCAUCCUUUUUUUUUACAUUCUGUCUCAUUUUAAUUUUGAUGUUUAAAGUUACCUUGCCUUUCACCAUUAUCUGUGCAUUAUAAUCUUUCAUAAUGAUGAGCAGCUUUGCGCAUGGCGUCUUAGUUGUUUCCUUUGUGUCUCCCUCAUUUCUCAACACAGGCCAGUCUGUGAGCCCACGAUUGUGAUUCUGUUAACAUGACGCCUCUGCUGUUAACGUGGCAUAUCUCUGGGAUAGACAUUCAACCUUGGUGUAUCAUGUAGGAGGCUCUGUGCAUUUUUCCUCCACCUCCCAGUUUUGGUUCCAUUAAUUUUGAAAGUGAAGUACAAAUGACGUGACACAAGUGACUUAACAUGAACUUCUGCCUCUCAGAAUUUGAGAUAGUUGGCAAUAAAUUAUGAAUAAACUAAAAACAAUUGAACAAAAUAAUUUGCUCACUUUGGCAGAUGAAGUACUUAAAUAUGUUUAAAAUUUUACAUUAAAAAUAUGCAUAAACUGCAGUAAAUUUCAGUAACAUUUAUACAUUGAAGAUAGUAUUCACAUUAUGACUUUUAUUUUCUAUUUGGCCAUUUCAGUUAUUUUUUUAUAUUUCUUGUGAUACCACACAUCCCCUGAGCCUCAUUGCAAGAAAACCCUGAAUUCCACAGCUCCAUGAGAAUUCAGAGCAGGUUAAUCCACUCAGGAUUAACUUCACCUUGUCAUUAAGAUCAUGUGUGUUGUAAAAGAUUAUUUAACAGCUGCAUAUCUUGCAUUAUCUAGGUCUGUUACUGGCCCAGAUCAAUUGCCUUCAGCAUGUGCAGAAACUAUCAUCCAGCUAAUUGUUUGAAAAGAUGCUGAAAUAGGUACACUUGGAAAUCUGUAAUAAAUCCAGAUUGAUGUUCUCAAUCUAAAAGGUUGCCUGAUUGGACAGGAACAGAACAAAUAAAGAGAUUUGAUGUAAUUGUCAGCUGUGACUUGUACUUCAAAAUGAAGAUCACAGCACUGUAAAGGAUGGCUUCAUUUACUUCAUUUGUAGUUUGAAACAGAUUACAAAAUAUGCAUUUUUGAACAAAGAGCUGAUUUAUAUACUGCUGCCUUUCAUUUCAGGUUUUACGUGUAAAACUGAACAAUGGAUUUUAAAUCAAUUUACAGUAUUUCAGCUUGAUAUUUUAUGAUAUUUUAUAUCAGUAUGUACUAUUUAUGUUGUUCAUAUGCCCAGUGUAUGCUUAGACAACUUUGCUGUUUAUAAACAAUUUUAGAUGUGUUUCUUUUUGGGUAAUUAUGUAUAAAUGCUUCAAUAUUUUUCUUUAAAAAAACUGGAUUUACAAAACAACGUACGCUUUAAGAUAUUGAGUACUGCGGACUUGGAUAGCACUAAAGAGGGACUAUGCAUUAGUAAAGGAUUGAUGAACAUGUUCCUGCUACAGUACUACUCUGGGAACUAAUUUCAUAGAACAGUUAUGUGGCCCUUAAAGAGUAUUUUACAAGCUGGAGAGGGUAUUUUAUCAGCAAGUGAUUUCUUAAACUACAGAUUCUAUAAUUAUAUUUGACACUCACAGAUUCCACUCUUCCUCUUACCAGACUAAAAAAUGGGAAAUGUAAGCACAUGAUUUCACUUCUAGUAAGUAAAGCACAACCACACAGAAACUUCCGGCCUUCCAAGAUUGGAUGUGCACUGUCACUGUGUGUCUGAAACAGGAUGUUAAACAAAGCAGAUUGUUUUGUUCAGAUAAGGCACCACAAAUUUCUUGUAUAUUGCAGUAAUAAUCAAUUAAUACUGUGAGUGUUUGAAUGUAGGAUAUUUCUAAACAGAAACAAAAAAUACACUUAUAUAUAAAGUCAUUUUGAUAUUACCUCAUUAUGGGCAAUAAUGAACUGGCAGUUUCUAUUGUACUCCACCUCAUUUUCUUAUUCGUUGAAGUCAAAUGAAAACAAGUUUGAGAAAGGGCAAUCAGACUUAACAAUACCAGAGCAUGGAUUUUUGUACUACUGCCUCAUUCAUAAUUCCAGUCACCUUCUCCUGCAUUCCAUUCAAUUUUGUCACAUGCUACAGUUCCAGUCAGAUGCAUUCAUAUUCUGCAGACGUUGCUUCCGCAGGAUAGAAUGUUGAGUUAUGGUUGCAUUUUUAAACUAUCGAGUUUAACUUUUCAAGGAAUAAUUAACUAACAAAGAUGAAGCUUAAAAACCAUAAGUAUUAAAAUAGUAUUGUAGAUCCAAUGUCGAUCUACACCAGAUACAUAUAUUCAAAUUCCCUUGAUGAAGAAAUUUAUCUCUAGUGAUCAAAACUGAACAUAUGAUAUUUGGUUUCCAUACAUUCAAUUCUGUUCACUUCAUUGACCUGAACUGGAAUUAAGUUUGUGGGAAUAAGUACAGCAGGUAAAUUAUAUUCUUCUACUUGUUCAGCACUAGUGACCAAAGGCAAAUUUUGUCCCUUUUUUUUCCCCAAGUUCAGCUCUACCCGACUGUACAAGUGUAUUUGUUUUUAAAUGUUGCACUUCAUAAUUAACAUAUGUUCUUUAAUAAA